CUGCCUCUUAACUCAAAAACACAAUGAGAUUAGAGAAAUGUUGGUUUUGCUCAUCAACAAUAUAUCCUGGUCAUGGAAUCCAGUUUGUCCGCAACGAUGCAAAGAUUUUCCGCUUUUGUAGAUCAAAAUGUAGAUCAAAAUGUCACAAGAACUUCAAAAUGAAGAGAAAUCCUCGGAAGGUGAGAUGGACGAAGGCUUAUCGACGUUUGCAUGGAAAGGAUAUGACACAGGAUUCCACCUUUGAGUUUGAAAGAAAGCGAAACAGGCCUGAGAGAUAUGAUAGAAAUGUCGCCGAGGAAACUCUCAAGGCUAUAAAGAAGAUUGACAAGAUAAGAGUUGCUAGAGAGGCCAGACAUCAUACAAUGAGGAUGAAGGGGAAGAAAGCCAUCGAGCUGCAGGCUGCGGCGAAACAACUGGAGCAAGGCAUCCAUUUGGUCAAGGCACCGCUCGCCCUUCAAGAGGAUCCCUCUCUUACCCUUCCAAAGAUCAAAGUCAAGGUUUCCCAGCCCCAAGCAGAGCAUCAAAUGGAGGAGUAGCGACCAGUUUGUGCUAUAUAUUAUAUCCAGUGAGAACAACUUUUGAUUUUAACUUUUGAUCUGUGAUUCUAAGUACUAUUGUGGUUGGUUUGUUUGCUUCUGUUAUCUUUAUCAUCUUGUCUCAAUUGCAUUGUUGGAAUUGUUGUGGCUCAUUGUCAUACCAACCACACAGAUCUCAUGUGUUUACAUAUUUAACUGGUCAAGUUUGAUAUUUUACAUUUAUAACGCA